AUGGGUUCAGACGAAGUUCGACGAGUUGUAGCUCUUGGUAAAGAAUUUCACAUUGACUGUUAUCGUUGUGUUGAUUGUAAACGAUGCCUAAGCGAUGAACCAGAGAAACGUUGUUAUCCAUUCAAUGAACCAGAUCCUGGAGCGCCUGGUCGAAGUGUACAACGUAUGCUAUGCUUAAACUGUCAUCUACAACGAAUUGGUGCUAUUCCAGCGACAUCAGCUGGUGGAAUUGUAAAUAGUAAUAUUAACAAUAACAGUAGUACUACUACUAAUAAUACUAUCAGUAAUAGUAGCAGCACUAUUGGUGGUACUCUUGGUGGUCAUACAAAAUCAACAAGUGGAAUUCUAAAUUAUUCAAUGUCUAAUAAUCAUAUGAACAAUUCAGGCGGUCGGUAUUCAACUAUGCCAAAUCGUGUUCAAGCUUCAAAAUUGAACACCUUGAACACAACAAGUACAGUUAGCCCGCCUAGUUCUGCUCCAUCGUCUUCUUCUCAUCAUCAUUAUCCACAUCAUCAACCUUAUCAGUUAAAUACAUCUUUAACAGCAUCCACUUAUCAUACAACACCGCAUAUUCAUAGUGCAUAUAGUACACCAAAUUCACUUGGAGUCAAGCAUCGAAGUACUAAUGGUAGCAAUAUUAAUAAUAAUACGAAUACGAAUAAUUAUGCAAUUAAUUGGGAAAGAGCAAGAAUGAAUGGUGCAAAUAGCGCGAAUCAUCUCCAUCAUGGUGGCGAAAGUAGUAGUAGGAGUUAUCAUAAUUCCUCCGAGACUAAAAGUUAACCAGUAUAAUUCUAAUUUUAUUUCAUUGUUACACCAAUGUAUACAAAUUAUUAUUAUUAUUCAGUGUGAAUUUCAUUGCUUUCCCCCACCGUCGAACCUUUAACCCUGCUCCCAUACCACCGUCUUCAUUUCGUGGAAAUACUGGUCCGUUUCUAUGAUCAAUCAACUUCUAGCCAAUGGGCUCUGAAGUGGAAACUGUGUGACCCAUAACCCGAUACUGGAGUAACUCAUCGAGUUCCAGCCUAAUCUUGUUUAUUGUAUUCAGUUAUAAAGUUUAUUCUAGUCGAAUGUCAGUUAAACUAUCUUCCCUUCACUAUUAUGUAUGAUGAAAUCAAAUCGAAUCAAAUAUAUAUACGCCAAAAUAUGCAUUUCAGACUAGUUAUAUUCAGAACAAAACAGGCUAUUGAAAAUUACUAUUAUUAUUAUUAUUACGCGCAAUUAUAUAAUAAUAACUUCUAAUUGAAGAACAAUAACAGAGACGGACUGAACAAUUCCCUUUAUAUCUUCUUCUUCUUUUACACUGUCUAUUUCUGUCUGUCCCUGCCUCUGACUUUUCAAUCUACUUCUAAGUGGAUGUUGAAGAGUAUACAUUUUGGCGUCCUGUCUUCUCCCCAACUUGUUUUAUGUUGUUCCACACCCCUUUUUUACAAAUAUAUAAUGAUGAUCAUUUUAA